UGUCGUUACCGGGCAUAUUCCUGUGGAAUUUGUUGCGAUUGAGUCGGAUGACCCCUUGCCGAUUCCGAUUCAAGUUCCAUUGAAUCGUGCUGUAUUGCCUUGCGCCAUUUGUGUGUACGUCUUAUUGAAUCGGUGGUGACUUACAAACUGCCUGGGCAGGUUUUUGUGAAAUGUCUGUCGUCGAGGGGGAACUCAACAAUUCAGAGGGUGCGUCUGAACAAAACAUGGUCACCUCUGAAGAAAACAUGGUCACCACUGAAGAAAACAUGAUCGCCUCUGAACAAAACAUGGUUGCGUCUGAAGAGAACCUGCUCACCUCGGAACAAAUUCUGGUCACUUAUGAAGAAGCAGUGGAGGAAAAGGAAGCACCCCGAUCAGUGAAGCAGGGAUCGACUGAGGAAAAGAAGAAGCAAUAUCCGCAGAGAUACAGACCUUUGUGGGAGCAACUGGACUUCUGUAAAGGCUGGUUAAAGCCCUAUCCAAAGAACCGACUCAUGGCCUACUGCAAAGCCUGUGAUCGAAGGCUGCACGCGAGGAAAAACGAUCUGAAGAAACAUUCACAAUGUGAACGGCACAAAAUGAACAUGGGUUACCUGCAGCAGGGCACGCCGGUCCGUCGCGCGAGCAACAAAGGGAGCCGCUCUUCGUUCCAUCCCAGCCUGCUCGAGCACAAGGAGACCGCCGGCUGGCUGAGCGGCGUGCCGGGAGAGCCGCACCGCGCCUGGUGCCGCCAGUGCGCCUGCCGCCUGACGCCGCAGCUGAAGGCGCUGCGCCUGCACGGCGAGAGUCGCAAGCACCGCUCCAACUCCGAGCGGCGUCCCACCUCGCCGCCGAGCGCCGAGGCCGACGAGCGGGGCGAGCGCAGCAUGGACGAGACGGACGGUCGGGUCGACGAGCCGGUCAGCAUGGGCCUGGCCACGCCCUCCGUCGGCGAUCGCUCUGCCUCGCCGCUGCUCGAAAGCGACUUCUCGGGCCGGGUGACGUACUCCAUCGGCCUAGGGAACCGCAAGGUCGGCUUUCUGGGAGCGGGACAGAUCGCUCAGGCCAUCGCGCAGGGCAUGCUGGAACAGGGGCUGCUGCUGCCGCAUGACGUGAUGGUGAGCGCGCCGAGCAACAGGAACCUGGCCCAGUGGCGGCGCUGGAAGUGUCACACCACUCACAGCAACGAUGAGAUCCUAGAGCAUGCUGACGUCGUGUUCCUGGCGGUGAAGGCGCCGCUGCUGGUCGGCAUGGUGGAGGCCCUGACGCCCGUGUCGGACGACAAGGCGCGCCUCAUCAUCUCGGUGAUCCCGGGCGUGACGCGCGCUCGGGUAGCAGAGCUGCUGGCCAGCCGGGUCGUGCCGACCGAACAGAGCAUCCCCAACCCGGAAGAACCGGCGCCGUCGCUGCACGUGGUGCGCUGCUCGCCCAACAAGAUGAUGUCCAUCAGUGCCGGCUUCUGCGCGUACUGUAUGGGUGACGACGUGCCGCACGCGCUCUACCUGGUGGUGGAGACCAUGUUCUCGGCGCUGGGCACCUGCGUCCAGGUGGAAGAGAGCCUGAUGGACGCGUACAGCACCAUGGUCGGCAGCGGUGCCGCCUUCACGUGCGCCUACAUCGAGGCGAUGGUGCAGGGUGGUGUGAACCUCAACAUCGCCUGGGACGACGCGUUGAAGGUGGCCGCCGCCGUGGUGUCCGGGACGUCCAAGCUGCUGAUGAGGACCUCAAUCGACCCGUCCGCGCUGCGGAAGGCCAUUUCCACACCAGGCGGCAGCACCAUCGCGGGCCUGGCGGCACUGCAGCGCGGCGGCUUGGACGAGGCGGUGGUGCGUGCGAUGGACGUCGCCUGUCGGAAGACCACCGACGUCGGCAGCCACGUCUGAGUCCAGUCCGGGCUGCAUCCAGACGUCUGGGUCCAAUCCAGUCCAGAGCCCAGACGGCGCGCGCCCGCGCCGGUCCGGUGGACGGGGCUACGCCGGCGCGCGGGCCGUAGCGGUGCGCGACGGGGCGGAGCGGCCGCCACCGGCGCAACAUGUCAGGCGCCAUCUUUGCGGCAUUACCGGGCACGGGAUGUGCGCGGUGACUUCGAACUAGGGUGGUGGAACCCAGUUUCGAAGUAGAAUUAAUGUUCAAUGGGUAAUAUCAGCGCCUUGUGCACGCUUAUUACCAUACCAUUCAAGGUUGGAAUAAUAGCGUCCGUUGCGUCGCAGAACGCAUCGAAAGUUGAACGAUUUUUUAUCCUUGAAUGUUCGUCAGGUCACGUGAUGCCAUUAUGACUUUCAUAUCCAUCACUGUACAUUGUCAUGACAUGCAUUUGCCACUGUGCAAAUGUACCUUUCUGUUUUGCAAAUAUUGGCGUUUAACGCGCUUAGCGAGCCGUGGAGGGCUCAUUUUAGGGGGUUCUGGAAGUAGCAGCAAGACUCGACUCUGAACCGCUCGUGUGUGCCGAUGUACUGAUGGAGGCCCAGCCAUGGGCGGCUGCUGCCCAACAACUGACUGGAUCUUAGGAAUAGACGGGCAACGGGCCUGCGGCAGUUUCAGUCGUUCGACAUUAUGGGCGUUAUUUCCGUCGGUGUGUGGCAAGGUCGAGCCGGCGGGUCGUGGCGGCGGCUAGGGAGCAGGGCAGGCGUUCCGGUUUGCCCGCUCCUGCCCCGAAAGGUCCGACUUUCCGCGGUGAAGGUCGUCGGUUGAUUCUGGGGCGGUAUGGUCAGUGUCAGCUCUCGGUUAUGGCCAGUGCCCACUCUCGGCCAGCAAUAAUAGUGUGACGCCUACAACAUGCUCUGUAUGUGGGAAUUAAAAACCCUCAGGACUUGCUCGUUGGGAGCAUAAUAUGUUCUGCGAUGACCGAAGACAUCAGCUGGCUGGGCUGGUAGUCCUAAAUGACUAUGAGAUGUUUGGGUUAACAGCGCAACAUGUAGAAGACAAAUGAGAACGUAUGCCCCUGCUCCGCGACAACGGAAGCCGACCGCAUGCUUUGUGCACCGCCCAAGGGUGAUAAAAUGUAAUAAGUCAAAGCUGCCGGAAUGAGCUGACAGCUGGAAACAAACAUGUGCGUAGAUCCCGCCGGUGGAUACGGCAUCCCAUGGGGUUCUUUGUCUAUGGAAUCCGUGGGUCUUUUUGAGCGGCAGACACAGAACAGCCACAUUUUGGAAAAUGUCGCUGUGGCCUCGGCACCAUCAGCCAUACUAUGCCAAUGUCUUCCGCCUUCAUCCGUGACUGUCGGGGCCGCGCGUGCACCAACUACCACAAGCAUUGCUAUUGCACAACGCUGUACAACUUCACUUGAAAUGGCGAAGAUCAGUCAUUAUAAUCCAGCUUGUGCUCCGAGAAAUGAUGUUGAAUAAACAGAU